AUGGAGGUGUGCUGUUCUUUUAAGUCUAUCGUAGGAGGAAUGUGUGGAUUUGACUCGAGAGACAGGAAAAAAGAAACACAAAUUAUCCCUUUACUGGCCUUUUCAAAAGCAAUUUCGAACCACACAGCCAGCCUGGGGUUUUCCGGGCCAAUGGACGAAGUUGACCUUAUCCUUAGCAGAGCAGCAGUAUUUACUCAACCUGCAAACAUAAAUUCUAUGACCAUUUGUCCAUUACAUCGCGAAAAGCUUGGUUUGGGCUGGAGGAGAGGAUCCACUGCGAGAUGUAGAGUUCCAGAGGCAUUGUCCAAUCAUGACAGAAGAGGAUAGAAGUGGCCAAAAUAUGACCUACGAAUCGGGAAAAUUGAUUCACAAAUAAUUUUAAAGAAAACUGGAGUAUUUCUUCAAAUAGGCUCGGGUAAGUUUGCAUUUUGCAAACUUUGUUUCACUGCAGUGACCUCUGUUCGUUUUCUUAAAAAUAUUGACUUUAAGUUUAAGCCUUUGACUUUAAUUUUCUUAGGUAUUUGCGCAUCUUGUCGGAAAACCCUCAGGCUGCUUGUAGUAGAAGAAAAAGAGUCGUCAGCCAUAGUAAGUUCGACUUCUCGUUUCACUGACGCCAGUGUGUUAAUGCAGAUGGAAAACUUGAAUCUGGUAAGCUUUGAUCCACAUUACGCUAUUUAUAGUCAGCUUGCCUUCUGUCAUCCUGUUAAGUAUCAGGAAAAACACACCAUGCAGGUCCUCCCUAUUCAAUCUGUUUCUCUCCAUAAUGUGAGAAGGGAAUUGUGACUAAUCACAUCAUAAUUUUUUUCCUCAAAAUGGGGCUGGUUCCCGCGGAUUUUCGCUGAGGCUAGAUACAAGAGAAUUAUAGUACGAAAAAAUCUCUGCUACCGGCUUUCGUAAUACAAAAGUCAGUUUUAUGUUCAUAUGGGAUUUUGACAUGUCUUAAUCCGGAUACUCUCUCUAAACUAUAACUCAGAAAGAAAGAUAACCGUGAGGAGACUGAAACGAAUGAUUGGUUUCUGUAGUUAACCACGCUUCGUUAAAUUGUCAUAGAUGUUUAAAUCUAUUUGUAAUCUCUCCCCCCCUUUUCCCUUGCUGUAUUUUUUCUCCUUCAUUUAAAUUCUCCCUCUUAUUCUCUUCUUUUUCAUUUGUUUUGUGGUUUAGAAAGAGAAGGAUGAGGGGGAGGAGUUGGAAGAAGAAGAAGAAGAGGAAAGUGAAAUCUCUUUCACCCCAAUAACAAGUGCUAUAUUAAAAAGUAGUCUCUAUGAACCAUCUUUUGCUGAAGAGAAAACUGUAACGCCAAAGGAGAAGUUGAACAAAUUCCUGAUUUCAAGAGAUAUUAGUCCAAUUCGCCAUUUCCUGGAAACACCAUGGGCAGAAGCUUCCGAGCGGACAAAAAGGAAAGUGCUAUUGACUCCUCUCUGAUGGAAUGUUUGGCCGAACGUUAUAACAACGCAGACUAUUGGAGCUCUCGAAGGCAGAUUUUGUCCAUCAUGGCGGAUAAGGUGAAUUUCAAAGAUUAGCAAAGAUGGAUACCUAAUUUGUUCAGGUGUCGUUUUAACGUAGCUAGACAUCAUUUAUUACUCCACGGUAGAGGUGGGAACGUGCAAUCUGUUAAAGGCACAAGAAUGUACAUUGCGCCAGAGAAACUUGAUCAUUUUUUGUCGUUCAUCACCAGUACCCACAUAAUUCAAUACUUGCCUUUAGGCCAGAAAACUCUGAAACUGUCUACAAAUAUGGAAAUAAAGGUUCCCAAUGUUGUUAGAAGUUUGAUCCCUGAGCACAUUGUCCUUCAGUAUCUAAGCUACUGUAGUGAUGUGGGCUUCGUACCAAUGAGUCGCAGCACGCUAUUGAAAGUUCUCAGUGUAUGUUCCGCAUCUAAGAGAAAAUCUCUGCAAGGUUUGGACUAUGUUUCAGCUUACGGCGCCCAAGCUUUUGACGAACUAGAAGAAGUGAUAGACAAGCUUGGAGAUAAUUAUGGAAAGGGUUUCACGUGGGCUAAGGUGCAGAAAGAGAAACUUCAUCUAGCCAAACGCUACCUAAAAGGUGACUAUAAGGUAAGAUUGCUUCUGUCUAAGAUAUUUUAGUUUUCUUGUUUUUGCUUCUACGGUUAGUGCACAUUAAAGGGAUAAUAAACCAUAAAGGAUUUAACAGACUAGUAAAUUAAAUUUGUGCAAAGAUAGACAUAUUCGAUAUAUUCCUGAUGAUGAAACACUGCUUUCUUGGCACUAUGGGUGCUUGAAUUUGUGGCCGAAAAAACUGUGAUAGAUAAUGCGUAGAAUUACUUUUUAUAUAGUGUCGUGUCCCGGCAAAUCAUGUUAGAAAUGAAGCAGAAAAGGAUUUUGUAGAAUCUAUGAGCAUUUGAUGUAGAGCCAAAGUUAUCUGUGUAUACGUUUUUCUUAAUGCCAGAUUGGUAUAUUGCGCUUUCAUGUUCACUUAUUGAUAUAUGCUAAAUAGCUUUUUGUGUUUCUAAGGUUCACGUAUCUAAAGAAUCGAAGGUCGCGGAUCAUUGCCCUCAGCUAUCCUCAAGAUAACGAUUACAUCACAGUCUGUAAUCAUGAACACAAUUCAAAAUGCGACAGAUGCGAACUUCUCCCAACAUUAUUGCGUGAAAUCAAGUCAGUUAUUGGCAGUGUUAACUGUAGCGCUGAAGAACGAGACGAGAUGGAGUAUGAAAUCUCACAGUUAAUUCAGAGUAUUGAAGCUUGGAAGGCCCAUCUCCUUUGCGCUAUAAAUCAGGAUGCCGCAAGACAUGAGAUUCUGGAAAAUCUUGAUGCACAGGCAGUGUUAGUGGUGAUAGACUGGGCCAUGAAGUUUCUGCCGAGAAAAUUUCGGGAAAGUCAAAGCGACUGGUUCGGAAAACGUGGAAUACCCUGGCAUAUCAGUGUAGCAUUGAGGAAGAAUGCAAAUGAUGAAACUGAAUUGUUUACUUUCGUUCAUGCCUUCGAAAGCUGUAACCAGGAUAGCUUCACUGUACUCGCUAUUAUUGAUGACGUCUUUCGUCAACUUAAGGAAAUCAUGCCAGAAGUCAACUCUGUUUAUAUGCGGAGCGAUAACGCAGGAUGCUAUCAUUGCGCGUUUACAUUACUUUCAGUCUACCAUGUCACUAGCGAACAUGCAAUUGAACUAAAGCGUUUGACUUUUCCGAUCCCCAAGGCGGAAAAGGAUCUUGUGACCGUAAGGCCGCGACAAUUAAAAGUCACAUGCGCACCCAUCUCAAUUCUGGCCACGACAUAGAGACAACCUCUCAAAUGAUGACGGCCAUUGAGUCAUCUGGCGGAAUUUCUGCUGUCCGGGUGGUGAUGAGCGGGUCACAACCUGCUGCAAAGUCCACUCCAGUAAAAUGUGAGGGCGUUAGUUUCAUUAACAACAUUGCAUACACCCAGGAAGGUUUGCAUGUUUGGAGAGCUUAUGGAUUGGCUCUGGCAAAUUUGUACCCUGGAGCAACUUCCGCCAACAAGUUGGGAGUCUUCCUCAGCUAAACAAACAGAAACAGAGUUCUAGUGCUGAGGUAUCUUUCCAAACUGCGAAAGCCAGGAGUAAACCAAAGCAAACACCGUUUUUAGAAGAGGCCCCACAGAACAGAAAUAACAGCGGCGACGAUGAAAGCUGUAACGACGAAGGAAGCGAUCUGUUUUUCUGUCCAGAAGAAGGAUCUGCCAAGUCCUUUCUACAAUACUCAUCGCUGGAAAAACAUCUGGACUGUGGUAAACACAAGUAUGCCCUGGAAUGUACGCCACCAAACUGGAGCGUGGUGCUACCAGAAAUAGUUGAUGAAGAAGCAUCUAUGUCAGUGGAGGAUGAUGGCUCCGUGCUACCGAUGGGAUGGGCUCUUAAGUCAGCAGGAGUACAAAGAGAGAAUCUCACGGUGGCGCAGAAAAGCUAUCUGACUGAAGUCUUUCAAGUUGGAGAAGGCACUGGGCAAAAAGCAGAUCCAACGAGCGUCUCAAAGGCAAUGCGAAGAGUAAAGCAUAGUGAUGGCUCUAAUAUCUUCGACAAGUGCGACUAUCCCACACCACUACAAAUAGCACGAUUUUUUUCUCGCUUGUCGGCAAAGAAAACUUAUAGUGUGGAACAAUCCAGUGAGGAGGAAGAACUAGAAAGGAAUGAGCUGAUAACAGAGAAGGCAAUCGAGGAAAUGUCCAACGAAGUAUUGAAAGCAUUAGCUCUUCAGCAUCCCAUCAUGUACGAAACAUACAACAUCUGUGAGAUAGUAGGUCAGUCUAGGCUGGCGAAGUUUUCGAUACGAACACUGCAGAACAUCUGUGCAGCCUUAGAACUGGAUGUAGCAUCGAUGACUGGCAAGCGCAAGCAGCCGUAUAUUGAAAUUAUUGAAGGCACUGUGGUCAGGUGUGGCUGUUAA